AUGACAAGUACCAAGUCUACAGACGACCUUUCUCAGAUUACGACGCCGCCAACAGUCCCACGAAAACCUGCAGCAUUACUUGGAAGCGCGGACUUUGACUUGCGAAAUGCGUCCGUCUACGCCGAGCUGUUUAAUCCUGGCGGAGCUGGCCCCCGUUCCGGACUGAACAGAAAAGAGAAGGAAGAGGAGAGGCGGAAGGAACUGAACAAGAUGAGAGACGAAGCUAGAGCCAAAAGGGCAGAAGAGACUGUAAGUUUCCCCCCGUGGGUUGCAUUAUUCGAGAUAAUGACACUCUGCGUACUUGCAUGCUUGCAGAAAAACACCUUUGACCUACAAUCCCAAGCCGACAAGAUUUCGCGGUUUGAAGAUAGAUUGAGACAAAGUGGUAGCUUAGCUCUUCACCCUAAUUUCUUGGCUGCAAAGUUUCGGGAUGAUUACGAGAGGGAAAGGAAGCGGCAGAGAGAUAAAGUCAAGGAUAUUGGCAGCAUGGGGAAGGAGGAAGGUGAAGCAUAG